CACACAGUAUUAGGGUUCAAAAGAGGCAAGAAUUGUAAGCAUAAAGCAAUCACGAUUUGCUCUUCAUUUCCGAGAAUUCCUGAUUUUUUUUUUCUACAUAAGGAAUGGCUUUCUGGGGUAUUGAGGUGAAACCGGGGAAGCCCGUAAUUCAUUCUUGUGAAAAGACUAGUGGAAGGCUUCGAAUUACCCAGGCGAUGCUGGGAAUCGGUGAUGCUACCAAGAAGAGUAUACUACAGUGCAACGUGGGUAAACGAACUCCAGUUUUGAUCUGUGCUUUGUUUCCCAAUCAAACAGAGUCGUGUCAGUUAGAUUUGGAAUUCGAGGAAUCGUAUGAUGUCAUGUUUUCUGUUAUCGGCCCUCGAAGCGUCUUCCUCUCUGGUUACUAUGUCGCUCAAAGUCAACUAAACCAUCCUCAGAGCGACACAGAAUCGUUUGGUGUGGAUAUUCAGAAUAGCCAGUCAGACGGAUCUAAUUACUGUAGUGAUGAGGAUAAAUACGAGGACAGUUUCAUUGAUGACAAUGAAGUGCAAGUUUGUUCACCAUCCCCUGAUGUAAGCAGCCAAGAUAUGGAUGAGAGUACACCAGAAAACGAUAAGCUGGAGAAUGGAAAGGCUCGCGUUAAACGGCUUACGAAGAAAUUCCAAGUGGUUGAGUCAGACGAUGAAGAAGAUGGUGAUGCUAAUUCGUCUGAGAGUGAAGAUGACGACGGCUUCCUUUUAUCUAUAUUUAAGAAUAAAAAAGCUGCAAAGACAACAGCUUCGACUGAUGAUGGAGAAAAGAUUGCUCCGGCAACAGUACACAUGGGCGAAAAGGCAAAAGAUAACGUUGUAUGUGACAGAAAGUCAAACGACAAGCUUGAUCCGAUAGAUAAAAACGGCGAACUGGAAAGGGAAGUGAAGGGGGAAGCUAUUGUGGAAAACGAUGUUGCCUUAAUUAAUGAUAACGUUCAUGGAAACGAUGUAGAAGUCAACAUAAUUGACCAAAAUCUGCCUAUGUGCAAUGGAGAGAAUCAGAUGAAAUCUGGUGAUCUUGAAAAGCCGACAAAGAAAAGAAAGAAACAUUCUGAGAAAACCUCUGAAAUUCAAGAUAAAGAUCACGAAGUUGAAGCCCCGACAAAUAUGGAUGUUGUAGAACAUGGAUCUGGAAGUAGUAAAAAAUCGAAGAAGAGAAGGAAAAAAGUUAAUUUGGAAGGGACGAGCACAGAAGGAACUGUAGAGGAAUCUAACAAUGUUGGUAAAGAUUGUGCAUUAGGACAGGGUUUAGUACACGACGACUCGACAAUGAAAGAUCUGCCAGCGGAAAAUGGAGACAAGGAACAACAGAUUGAUAACGAUGUCCUCGUAAAAUGUGCUAAUGCUACUAGUCAGCCUGAGAAGAAAUGUAAGAAAAAGACGAAGAACAAAACUCAAGGCGAAGGAGGCUCGAACAUGGGCUCGCCUAAUCAGACUGAAAAUGCGAACCCAAUUCGAAACAAGACCUUAUCAAACGGGCUGACCAUUGAAGAGGUGACAAAUGGACUGUCAGAUGGAAAAGUAGCUGCUCCAGGAAAAAAGGUCAAAAUUUAUUACACUGCCAUGUUGAAGGAGAAUGGUCAUGUUUUCGACUCAAAUGUGGGCAAAACUGCCUGCAAGUUCCGAUUAGGCGAUGAAAGAAUUAUUGAAGGAUGGAAUCUUGGCAUCGAUGGUAUGCAUGUAGGUGACAAGAGGCGACUCAUUGUUCCACCAUCUAUGAGUGUGGGAAAGUACGGAGCGGGAGAAAACAUUCCACCAAAAUCGUGGCUUGUGUAUGAUGUUGAAUUGGUCGGUGUGCGUAAAUGAGCACAUUUUUUUUUCUGUCUCGAUUUAAUUUUGAAUAUUUUUGAAAGAAAUGGUGGUCUAAAAAAGCAGAGGGCCAUCUGUGAAACUAUUAUACAUCCUAAAGAAGGCAAGAUACAUUAUUGUCUUUCAGCUUCUUUAAUGGCUUGAACCAACUAUUGCAAGGCUGAACAUUUUUUAUUA